AUGGAGUGGACAAAGCAGCAGUACAACAAGCAGUACGAGAACUGGGUCCCCUGGGUCGAGGACAAGUAUCUGCAGUACUUCGGCAACGACAACAAGGCGUCCUAUGCCACCAAAGACACCCUCGACAAGUCCAAAGUAACCGGCAUCAAACAAGUCGACACCCUCCAAGACGGCGUCAACAACCUCGUCGGCAGCCAAGUCGGCAAAGGCGGCCUCGCGCAACCCAUCGGCGACAUGGCGUCCAAGGAGGGCAUCAACCGCGCCGAGCGCGGCGGCAAGGACGAUAAGGGGAGCUAUGGUGGUCCGCUUGGAGGUGUGACGGAUCCGCUCGUCGACAAUGCGAAGGCGGGUGGGAGUAAGGUGACGGAAGGGGCGAAGGGCGCGGGGGGGUAUUUGGGGGGGCUGUGGGGUGGGAAGAAGGAGGAGAAGAAGUAG